CGGGACUUGCCGUGCUUCCGCGCCGAUCUGCCCGGCUCGGAGUCAGUCGGAGGCCGGUGCUGCGGCGUGAGCUGGUGUUGCAGCCGGCCGGUAGGUAGGUGGAGCCCGGCUCUGGGCCGGGGAAGGCGCCGGUUCUGUUUCGGGCUCCUCUGGAUCAGGCGCUCUGCCAGUUUCCGCGGAUGAUUAUGUUCUUGGAAACGUUUCAUUUCCGAGAGUCGGCGGCCGGAAACGGCUUUUCGCGUCGACCCAGUACCUCGGCUGGUGAACUCGGGUUCGUCGUCAACAACCUGUGAUCUGUGAUGGACUUAGCACGAAUUUAAACUGGCGAUGUGGUUAUUAAAGAUCUGAGAUGGACAAGUUUAGAAGGGGCUAUGUCUGACCUGUCAUGACUUGUGCCAGCAAAUGAGACAUAUGUUGAUGUUAUUGGACUGCUUUGUCAGAAUGAGAUGAACAGAGAGUGGAGAAUUUUCUUGUUUCUGUCUGCUGGCAGCUGGACAUUGCCCAAGUGAAAUGCCAGAAAUUUAUGAAAAAAUGAGUGUGGGACGCAAACGAACAAAGCUGGUUGUGAUUAUGAUGAUGGUAAAUUUCUUCAUUUAUAUCAUGGUAGAGAUUUCAUGGAAUGAUCAUGAAGACAAAAACUCAACCAAAAAGAUGAUAAUUGCAGACAGUGUCUUUUGGAAGCAGGUGACGCAUAUUAAACCAUUCUGGAAUCGAGAACAGCACAAGUUAGAUGAAUUGUACAACCCUGUUACUGCUGCUCUACACAACAGAACUGUGAUGGAGAACGUAAACAUGACAAACAUGUAUACUUGUGAACCCAAUACAAAUUUAAAGGAGGAGAUUAGUAACUUUGAUAGUUUGCCGGACCGUUUCAAAGAUUUUCUAACAUACUUGCGAUGUCGGAGCUAUCCCUUAAUAAUCGACCAACCGACGAAAUGCCAGAACAAGCCUGUGCUUCUGUUGGCUAUAAAAUCACUGGAAUCGCACUUUGACAGAAGGCAAGCCAUUCGUCAGUCCUGGGGAAGUGAAGUAACAAUAAAAAAUAAGACCAUUGCAAGAAUCUUUUUACUGGGCAGGUCUUCUGAAAUAGAUGACUUUCCCAACUUGUCGGAUAUGCUUCAGUUUGAGAGUAACCAACACAAAGAUAUUCUUCUGUGGGAUUACAGAGACACAUUCUUUAAUCUGACACUAAAAGAAGUAUUGUUUUUAGAAUGGAUAAGCAAAUCCUGCUCCAAUAUUCAGUACAUUUUUAAAGGAGAUGAUGAUGUCUUUGUAAACACAUUACAGAUUAUAGACUAUAUAGAUGCAUUGGGUAAGGAUAAAGCAAAAGAUCUGUUUAUCGGUGAUGUUAUUACAAAUGCAGGACCUCAUCGAGAGAAGAAACUAAAGUACUAUGUUCCCGAAAGCGUAUUUGAAGGUGUGUAUCCUCCCUAUGCAGGUGGAGGUGGGUUUCUCUACUCUGGAUACUUGGCAAAGAGACUUCAUAAUAUUUCAUAUCAAGUAGCACUAUAUCCAAUUGAUGAUGUGUAUACUGGAAUGUGCCUUCGAAAACUUGGCCUUGCUCCAGAGAAACACAAGGGAUUCAGGACUUUUGAUAUUAUGCAAAAAGACAGACAAAUCACCUGUGCAUACAAAAAUUUAAUAUUAGUUCACAGCAGAAAUCCUCAAGAAAUGAUCAGAAUCUGGAGCAGGCUUCAGGAUCCCCAUUUGAAAUGUUAGUCUGAAAUACUAUAUGGGGGGAAAAAUGGUUGAGGGCAUUGAUACCAGCUCCAUUGGACACAGAGGGUCAUCGGAUUUUGCAGAGUUAUAAUCACUUUGUGAUAUUACGUUGCAAUUGGGCUGUGCAAAAUCUGUGUAUGAAGGUUUCUCUCCAAGGAUACCAGUUGUGAACCUCGAAAGUAUUGUGGGUCCAAGGUCAUCUGUAUCGCUUAGUCAGGAUUUGAAUUUGUUGUGCUGAUCAACCUGAAUGCUACACUUCACUGAAAGCACAGAAUGAUUUUAUGAAUUUCACAAUUUCCACCAUUCUACUCUCUGUCUGAUCUCCUGUGGAGGAUUAUUUGCGUUCUCUGUCAAAAUGUAUCCCAGGAGAUGAUUCUGGAGCCAAUUGAAAUAAGGUCUGGUGGGAAUUGGAAUUGCGUGCUUCACUCCGUACAUGGUAGCCAAAUAAAAUGUGGGGCAGAAAAAGAUGACAGAGUAUUAUCCUGGACAGUGUCAGCCAUGAGUGUAAUUAUGUCUCUUUCAAUCUUGUGCGAGCAGAUUAUUUUAGAGAUUCACUAUCAAUUGUGUGUGAUUAUCUGUGCUGUACAUCAUGAAAGGGGAUGUUUCAUGUCUUCAAAGAAGAAUGUAAAUUAAUUUUGUUUAAUAAAUCUAAUUUCUGAAUAGAAAGUCAAUGCUAUUUAAAUUUUAGUGUGGGUGGCAAAAAAUCCAGAAGUUUUGUAAUAAUUCUGGAUUUGUACCAGAUUAUUUCCAAUCUAUUAAAGGUUGCUGGACUUGCUCCAUAAUAUGUAAGCAUGUGUGCUUCCUUGUGUUUUAUGUGGAAAAGUGCCUGCCAUUUUAUUUAUUCAGAUCUAAGACCAAAUUGUUUUUAAAAUGGAACUAUAUACAAUGUAUUAUUUUGUCUGUAAAACCUGUUAAAUGUGACUUGUCUCUAAAUAAACAGUUAAUAUAAUCCUUGGCAUCUUUCAAGAUAUAC